AAACCGUGCUUACUUAACCCUUUCCCAACUCGCACAGUUGCUCCUUUAGCUCUCAACGGUCAAAUGAAAGCAUGCAUCCGUUAGCGAGCUCUGGUGGCAGUUUGGCUUCUGAUGUUCGCCACUCCCUGGACUCCGGAUCUGUUCGAGGCCAAGGACCAUCACCAUCCAACCUUUGUCCAACCAACUGCUGUGUCCAAUUCUUUGCUCCUAUCCACGAGCUACUCUACUAGUAGAACCGUACAGACUGACCAUGGCAUUCCCAGCAUCUCUUGCCCCGUCGCCGGUUCAUCUUGCGUUUACGGGUAUCCAAUGGGAUCCUCUUGGAAAAUUGGAACUAACGGGCCCAGAAAAGUCCCUUUUACGCUCGGCCGAAGACAACGUCCUGGAAUACUCUCUGGCAGAACAAGAUGACGCUUCCGCCUAUGCACGGUUGCUUCUCAAGGUGUUGGAUCAAGUCAUUGGACCCAACAAUUCGUCCGACAAGGUGGCCAAACUCACCAUGGAAGAUAUCUUGGACGAUGAAGAAGCACUGCAAAUGCUUUACGUCGAUCCCAUGGGCGUCGUGUCCCACUAUGCCCUCAGCAAACUCUACGAAGUCAUUCUCUAUCUCAAGGAAAAAAGUACAAAGUCAGAAAUGUCCGUUCUAUCCACCUUUUACAAAGAUGGAGCCUUGAUUGAAGAAUGGAGACCUCUCCUUCGCAUUCUGAAGGGGGGUGCCGGAACAGGGGAUGCCUAUGCUCAGAGGGUAUCUGCUUUGUGUUUGGCGUGUAUUCUGUUUGAAGGUUGUCCUUCGCAGCACAACAAAAAGCUCCCCGCGGACAAGUCCCCUGCUGUCUUGGAGGCCCUGCAAUCUUUGGUUUCCUGGAUUGCUUCUCGACUUCAGUCAUCCACAUCGACUUCGUUGGCAUUGGUCACGCCUGCUCUGGCCGUACUCAUUGCAGCCCCCGAAGCACGAAAACUAUUUGAUCAAGCGGGAGGGAUCGGGUUCCUCGUCCGACACUUGAGGGUCCGACAAGCUGGACCCAAGAAAAACUCGGCAUCCGUCCAGCAUCUCUACGAACUAUGCUUUUGUCUAUGGAUUAUGACGUAUGAAUGCAGUUCCUCGGAAGAAAUGCGUGGGCACUUUCAUCGAGAUCAGGCCGUUUUUGCGCUUGUGGAUCUGGUGGCGACAGCUCCUCGUGAGAAGGUCGUCCGUGUUGCUCUAUCAUCCCUUCGCAAUUUGGCAACAUGCAGCGACGAUGAACUUCCCACGGUUGGGUCCAAGACCGUAGAUGGAUCUACGUUCUUGGGCGAGAUGAUUGGCUGUGGGUUGAUCAAAUCAAUCGACCUCAUGAAGGAGCGUCAAUGGACCGAUCCAGAUAUUGUAGAGGACCUGGACAUUCUCCACAAAUUGUUGCACGAGAACUACCAUGACAUGACCCGGUGGGACGUGUACAAAUCAGAAGUUGAGUCAGGCCAUCUUCAGUGGGGAAUUGUCCACACAGAAAAGUUUUUCAAGGAAAAUGCUAGACGAAUGGAAGGGAAGGAUGGAAACUUUGCCGUUGUCAAAGUGUUGAUAAGUCUUGCCGCCAGUUCCAGUACUGACGAAGAGGUUGCGGCCAUUGCUUGCUACGAUAUUGGUGAAUUCGUACGGAAUUAUCCCAAUGGGCGUGCCAUUGUCAAGCGCUUGGGUGCAAAGGAGAUUGUUAUGAAGCUGAUUGAGCAUGAGAAUCCGGAGCUGCAAAGACAUGCGUUGCAGUGCGUGUCAAAGAUGUUGGUGCAGAACUGGCAGGCUUUGAAAUAGAAAAGCAAUCAACGAUCUCGGCCCUCCAGAACUCGGCGAGUCAAGGUCUUUUUCAUCUGCUCCCCGAACAGAACGCAUUUGGGCAGUUUGAGGACUGCUGCUGGAAUAUCGAUAGGUCUCCUCUAGCUAGAAGGCUGGUCGGGCCCUGGUAUGCUUCCAUUUUGUCUUGCCAUGGUCCAUUCAGACUGGCUUUGGUCUAGAUCUCUGUGGCUUUUAAAAUCAGUGUAACAUAGAUUCCAGUGGCACAGAUGUGCAGCUAUCACUGUGUGUUGGUUCUACUUGCCCUCGGCAAAACUAUUUGCCCGCCCAGAAACACCAAUAGGGACACUGGGUUCCAGUUGCUGCACCAAUCCCAAGAUCCCUAUCACGGGUCUUCUAGCAAGACUGGACAGUAGAUUUCAUUGCCAACCACUAGUUCAGGAUCCAUGGACUAGCUAGCUAGGUUCAAUGAACCUUGCCAUGCACAUUUGCACAGAAGGAGCCUUACCCCCCCCCCCGUGCAAUCUUGUUGGCGAGGCAAAACCUCUUU